UCUGUCUUAGACUAAGGAGCGAGAGAAGGGGGAGUCCCAUUGGCAUUCUUUAACAUCUCUGUAGCUCACUCGUGUUCAGAGAGCCAUCUGUAGAUCAGGAAGACAAAAAAGACGCUCCUGAGCCUUGGCGUCACUCAACAGGGCUGUUGAAGGUCAGGUGUCAGUGGUGAAAUGGACUUCUUGUCAGCAUGGAUUGUGUCUCCUUCAACUCUACCCUUUCUCUGUCUCAUCUGGGGCGCACAGGCCCAGCAGGCCUUCAGGUCUGAGCCCAGGAACAUUACGCUGCGGAUGGGAGCCACAGCUGUGUUGAGGUGUGAGGUUCUUCGGGCCUCAGGGACUGUGCAGUGGGCAAAAGAUGGCCUCCUCCUGGGACCAGAAAGAAGCCUGCCAGGCUUUCCACGCUACAGCAUGAUUGGAAAUCCCAAGAGAGGGCAGUAUCAUCUUCAGAUUGAAAAUGCCCAACUGGAUGAUGACACCCUCUAUGAAUGUCAAGCGGGCCCAUCGGAGAGCAGCGCAGCAAUUGUUUCCUACGGUGCCUGGGUCACCGUGCUAAUUCCUCCAUCCAAGCCAUUCUUCGAGAUGGACCUGGCAACACCUUGGGUGGCAGGGAAAAAGUACACCUUGACGUGUGUCGCCCCUGACGCAAAGCCCGUGGCGGAAAUCACACUUUAUAAAGAUGGAGUCGAGCUGACAGGUGCAGAGUCUUUCACCAUGUCUGGCUCAAAGGAUAAGCUUCUGAACACGCACGCCGAAGUAACGGUCACCGCUCUGAGCUCUGACAACGGGAGGCAGCUGGCGUGUCGUGCCAAGAACUCCGCCCUUUUCCAGCCUAUAGAGACCAGAGUGACCAUGAGCGUGUACUUCCCGCCUCUGCCUCCAGUUAUUGUGGGUCUGGAGAGAGAGGAAGUCAAAGCGGGGAGGAUGCUCGUGUUGCAGUGCGUGUCUCAUAGUGGAAACCCCCUAGCCACUCUCCACUGGACCAAGAACGGAGAAGUUCUGUCCACAACUUGGGAAGAGGAUGAUGCGGCGCAAAAGUCCAGCAGCAUCCUCAGACUAAAGAUCACCCCUGCUGACAACCAGGCAGAGCUGUGCUGUGAAAGCAUCAAUCUAGUGUCCCUAUCUCCUCUGUCUGUCAGCCGCAAAAUAACUGUGCUCUUCGAGCCGGAAGAGCUGACACUGUCGGGUUCGUUAGUGGCCAUCGAGGGGCAGGAGUUGGAACUGAGCUGCUACGCCUCCUCCAGCAAUCCCCCCGUCGACAUCCGCUGGUGGCUUGGCUACAAGGAGCUCAACGGCACUGUUGUCACCAUGGAAGAGGGAGCCAAUGGUGGGAUGACAACCAUGUCCAAUAUGACCCACCGGGUCUCCCGGGAGGAGGAUGGGUUGAAGCUCACCUGCGAGGCUUUUAACAAGGGGACACACUUCUCCAAAACCCAAAUUGCUCAACUCAGUGUGUACUAUCCCCCUCAAAAAGUAUGGCUUGACGCUCCGCCUCAAGAUGUCCCCCUUCGUUCAGGGACCACGGUCCGUCUGGUCUGUUUCUCCACUGGAGGGAAUCCCACUGGGACUCUGACGUGGUUCAAGAAUGGACGGGCAGUGCCUGAUGCACUGAAGCAGACGUCCUUUGAUAUGGGUGUAGCUCGUGAACUUGUCCUGGUCCUGGCAGCAAGCGACAACAUGGCUACAUACCGCUGCGAUUCCACAAAUAAAGCAAAAAAGACCAUCUCUGCACACACUAAGCUCAUGGUUCACUUUACAGCAGUAAGCAUGAAAAUCACAACCAAACAGGAGGUGCUUCGGCGGGGCGAAGUGUUAAGCCUGGACUGCCUGUCUGGGAGCAGUAACCCCAAGGCCAGCAUUUCCUGGAGCAUGGGCCCAUACAGGUUCCAGGGAGUCGAGCAGGCACCCAGGAGGGCUCAGUUUGGUGGUGUUUCAGUGCUCAGUUCUCUGUUGCUGAAUCUGAGUUCACAGCAUCACAACCAGAAGGUCAUUUGCCAGGCCUACAGCCCUGUGUUGGCAGAGGGAGCCAACACGUUCUUCCAGCUCAAUGUGCUUUACCCGCCAGAGUUCAGCCCAGACCAGCCAGCAGAGGUCCAGGUGGUGGAGGAUGACAUGGCAACCAUCCCACUGCUGGUCUCAGCUAACCCAGAAGAGGUCUCCUGCAUUUGGCUGCACCACAGGGAGAAGCUGGUCAAAGAGGGGGAUUUGCGCUACCACUGGUCAGAUGACUACUCGCUGGAGAUCAAGAACGUGACGAGGAAAGAUGCCGGCGUUUACACUGUUGAGUGUGCAAAUGAAGAAGGUCGAAACCAAACCUCAAUCAAACUGGACGUUCAGUAUGCUCCCAGUGUCAAAGCAGAGAAAGACCCUGUGUUUGUGAACCUGGGGGAAACUGCAGACCUGAUAUGUGUGGCGGAUGCCAACCCCAUUAUAUCUGGCAUGUUCUCCUGGAAAUGGCUGGGAGAAGGGGAGGUGGAGCUGGAAGAGGAGACCCAGGAAGAUGAAUCAGGCCUUCUGACCAUCCGUGAUGUGACUCGGGCUCACGCUGGUCUUUACCGGUGCACGGCGAAUAAUGGCAUUGCACUCCCUGCCAGUGUGGAUGUGCGGCUGGUGGUGCAGUUUAAACCUCAGCUUCAGAAAGGACCGCAAUGGAGGAAGGUUGCAAGUAGAGGGGAUGGCACUACCACAGCCGAGGUCGUGUGUCAGGCAGAGGGCAUUCCUCGUGUCGACUUCUCUUGGGAAAAAAAUGGUGUACGCUUAGAUUUUGCAAACCCCAGGUAUGAGGAGCAGACAGUGAGGGAGGGCUCCUUCCACACCAGCACAGUUCGAGUGGUAAAUGUGAGCGCUCUCCUGGACUACGCUUUCUUCAGCUGCACUGCUCGCAACUCACUGGGGGAGGACGAGCUCGACAUCCAGCUCGUCAGCACAAAUCACCCAGAUCCUCCUUCAUCGUUUCGCCAAGUCGGCGUUACCCACGACUCUGUCACGCUGGAGUGGAUCCCCGGCUUCAAUGGAGGUUUGCAGCAAAGAUUCCGCAUAAGAUACCGUUGGGACCAGUCAAUCAGUUCACUGUACAUGGACGUCUUUCCUCCCAGUGCAACCACCUUCACCGUCACCGGUCUGCAGCCUGUCACCACCUACAACUUCUCAGUCAACGCCCUCAAUGCAAUCGGAGAGAGUGGCUAUGCUGACAACAAUGCAGUACUGACCAUCACCACCAAGGAGAAGCCAGAGCCAGAAGGAGUCCCAUCAGAUGAAGACUCAGUCUCACAGAGCGCAAGUGGGCUGCCGGCGUAUCUCACGGUAGUGCUCACAGUGGUGUUCGGAGUCGUGCUGGUGCUGAAUUCACUGGGCUGCUUCUUUGGACUGAGGUGGAAAAAGAGGCGAGGUCAGACAGCAGGGGGGAGAGAGGGCAGUGUAUUGGAAGGAAAGAAGAAUGAAGAGGAGGGGUCAAGUCAAUCAACUGCAAGAAACUCUAAUAAGUAUGAGAGCAGAGAAAAGAUCAACACCGCAGCCCAGCGCACCCUCCUCGUUGACUCAGGAUCCGAAACAGACAGCAAUGCCUACGAGAGCUAUGCGGUGGACAGUUCCCAUUAUUAUUAUCCCACUGGUGACUACAUGCCGCCUCUCAGUCCACAUUAUGAGGAAACACGUGGGCUUGAUGCCGUCCAACCCGUGGACUCUCAAAGCCAUUUGUAUGAAGAUGUAAGAGAUGGUGGUCUGUACCAGGACAUACCGGCUUUUCUGCCUCAACAAAGGAACGACUGGAGACCACCAACCUACCUUCAGCAGGGCACUGAGAGAUUGAGGCACUUCAUGGAUGUUCAGCAGCCACGGAGAGAUUCUGAUCUUCCCUUUGAACUACGAGGAGAGUUAGUUUAGAACGGGAGGAUAAGGUUAAACGCAUAAACUAUGGUUCAACAUCAGUCAUUAAGUAGAGACUUGUAUAGCAGAUAUUUAGCACAGUGUGGGUUUUUUUUCUCUUAAUUUCCUUUCAUAUGGUAUCACUCCUCUUGCAUGAACCUGUCGAACAGAACAGAACAGGAAUGCCUGAUGUAAACUGCCAUAUAAAGUAACAUUCCACCUUUCAAGUGUUUUGAGUUUUCACCGAGUAUAUUGUGAUCAUUUAACAUCAUUUUCUUCAAAGGAUUGAGUUGAUCUAGUGUACAGCAUUGUAUGACAACCUGAACAAGAUGAACAGGAGGAGUGGCAGAUUGAUUUGAAAAAAAAAAUGCUGAAGAUUUGAAUGCCUCAGUGAGCUUGUGCAAUCAGGAAUGUCAUAAUGAUGCUGUGCUGCAUGCCUUUUCUUUUAAUACACUUCUGUAUCUCGUAUUUUAAGCCACCAGCUUAUUUUCUUCUGCAUCUCCUAUCCUCCCUUACCUUUACCCUCUUUCUUGGAGCCGCGGUUCCCUUUGCUUUGGCCUGCAGGGAGACAUGAAUCAGUCACUUAAAGACAAAAAUGGACUGACAUCUCUGCGGUUGGCUCUGGGGCCGAAGCGGCACAAACUCACAACGCCACCCAAGCAAAUAUCCUCUUUCUGAGCCACCCGACAUCAGCAUUUUCUAACAUAACUAGAUGAGAACCUGACGACAGAGGCCAGUCCCUCCCCCCUGUCUGCCACAAAGAGUUUUUAGAUCAUGCAGUUAGUCUGGGAAUCCCUACAAUGGGAUCAUGCUGAGUGGUAUUUAGCACAGUAAUGUCUUCAGGAGGUAAAGCCAUAUCUAGGGCCAGACUCUAAUCCUGUUUUCUCUCGGAUUGAAGUUCAGCUCACAACAUCAGUGACAGAGAGAAACUAUGCAGGGAAUUUGUCUCACUGAGAGUGGGCAGUCGGAGCGAAAUAGAGACCAGCAGUAGAGAGGGUUAGGCUAAGCUCUGACUGUGGCCACCGCUACAAAAAAAUCUUCUCUAGUUCAAAGAAAAGCAGUUUACUGUAGGCGUUUACUCAACACCCUGUACAAUAAUUUAUUUAUAUGGCAUGUUUCAAGACCAAAAUUGCUUUCCAUUAAACAACAAAUCAACAAAUGAUGAAAAAUACACAUGAAAUCUAAUAAAAUCACAUAUUAAAGUGGAUAGAACCAGUCAUAGUAAUGUAAGUUAAAGAAAUAAAAUGUUCUACAGUUGUGCUACCAGCUAUGUGAAGCUGCACUUGCACACAGCAGCGCUUUGAGCCAAAUUCUUAGAUCAACAUACAAUUAUUCUCACAGUGACAACGCUAACAUGCUGAUAUUUAGCAUGUGUAGUGUUUACCCAGCUCAACAUCUUAGUUUAGCCCAAAAGGAAGCUAAUAUUUGCUAAUAGCACUAAACACAAAGUGUAGCUGAGGCUGGAGAUUUCUUACAGUUGUCUUUCAUGAUCUUGAUAAUGAAUUGUUGGUUUGUUGAUGGUGCUAAAUGAAAACUCAGACAUUCACAGAAUAAUGCCACCACCUAAAAGAGAUUGAAGAGAAAAAAAACAUAUUCUUUAUGAUAGAAGCGUGCUUUUGAGAAGUAUGUGAUCUGAUAAAAUUCCAUCUAUUCUUUACAACUGUUACGACUGCGGUCGUAUGAGGGUUUUUUUCUGCGCUCUGUGUGUGUCCUUUGUAUUUAGCCAAUCCAAUAUGUAAAUAGGGCUUCGCCGCACCACUGCCAGGAUUAGUCAUCACAUUGACUGGUCGGUGCCGGAUUGGCUCAGUCUACUAAGAGGACGGAGAUAAAAGCGGAAAGAUGACGGUGCUUCCGGGUUUCAGAGAGAGCGAGGGGAUCAGAUGGGUCAUCCUGCACUGAGUCCCAACCAGCGCACAACAGCACAGUCCAUCCAUUCAUUUGAUCUUUGUUUAACAAAACAAGUUUGUUUGUAAGCAAAGGGAUCGAGCUGCUACCUUUUGUUUUGUUAGUUCCCCAUGUUUUCGGGAAGUUUAGCUUGGUUUUGUUUAUUGUUUUGGCUCCAGCUCAUCCAUACUUUUAGUUUUGUUUAAUACAACCUUUGUUUAUAUUCGCUUUUGGAAAAUAAAUUAAUUUCGUUGGGAAAGUCUGUGGUGUGUGCUGCUUGAGGCCUCAACAGGAUGACAUUUUCAUGUUGCAUUCAGUGACCCCUAGGCUGGGUGUAACAACAACACAGGGGAUUAAGUGCUUGCCCUCCCAACACAUAGCAUCUCUACAACAGAAUGAAUGUCCAAGUAUGCACUAUAAUAAAAACUAUAAUAUGCAGAUGGAGAUGGGGUCAUACACCUGGCCAUUUGCAUCAUAUAGUACCACACAUUUGUGACAUAUGGAGUCGUUUAAGUUGUCGAUGCAGUUUCUGGGAUGUUCCUGAAGGGUUCGGUGAGGUUGACAGACAUUUUGGUGGACAAUAUCAUGUCAGAUGCGUUUAUUUAGAGAUGUUGGAUGGGUGGCAUGUCUGGGGAGCUUACAGCCGUGGUAGGACUGGAACAUUUUCUUUCAAAGGACAGUGCAUAUUUUGGCAACGUUAGGAUGAGUGUUGCCUUGUUGGACUGCCAAGUGGUGGUGCCAAAUGAAUGGGACAACAACGAAUGUUAGGGUUUCAUCUCAAUAUCGUUGCGUAUUGACAUUACCGUCGAUGAAAUGAAGACACAUCAGUGUUGAUGUCUGCACAGCUAAAGGCGACAUCUGCUGCUUCAGUGAAUCCUUUGUAUAGUCCACUGAACAUGAGUGGUUCCCUGCUGAAGAUGGUUGCAGUACUAUUCGGCCAUCGUCCAUGCGAUAUUUCUGUCAAUACGAUAUUUUACCACAUUAUUUAUCUCAGCAAAGUCCAUUUUAAUUUUAUUUAUCCUAUUUAAACUACCUUUUGGCUGCUAAUACUAUUGUACAGUUGUUGCUACUGUUAUGUCUUCAAGCGCUCUAUGUUGCCUUUGAACUGAAUUGGAUCAAGGUCUUGAUGUGUGUGCAACAAGAUCGCAAAUCAGCUGCCUUCAGGCGACUUCUCCCAGUUUGAGCAGACAAUUUCUCAUUGUUGGUACCAUCAAUGCUAACAAUUUCCUAGAUGGACAAACCGGAGGGCAUAGAUGGUGUCGUGUGGUCUUCGGUCAUCUUGUCUGUUUUACCGAACUUCACAUGAAAUGCCAGAAUCCCAUUCUCGUCUUUCUCUUGUAACCUGUGCUAUCGUGUCAUUGGAAUAUUACUGCAUUUUACGGCAAUAAUUGAGUAGUUACUAGUGUUGGUUCCAAGGCUGCAGAUUAACUCAAUCAAGAAUUUUUCGCCGUCUGAGCAGCUCACAAACCUUCCAUGCACAAUUUUUCCUGAAGGCUUUUGUAACCACAAGUGUGAUUUCUACCUUUUCCUCUAAGUCAGGGGAGAAGGCCAUUUGGAUGCUGUGUUUAGAAUUUUUGUUCAUUCUGGCGCGUGUAGAAUUAUUGCUGUGCAUUCAUCUGAAGAUCGGUGCCGUCACUGGCAUGCCACCUUGAGAACACGUGGAGCACAAAUCAGAUACUUUUUCCUGUUACAGGGUUUCUGUGCUCUGGGUAUUUGUGUAACUUCAUCUUUUAAUGUUUACUGAGAAGAGAUCAGAAACUUCCUCAAAGUUUCUAUGGCGCUUUUAGGUUCUGCUGCCUUGUAGUAUACACAAAUACACUGGGCUCCUACUAAGUCUGUACACAGAGCUGUUACGCAUACCGUCUGUUUCCGUUUCCAGCUUCUCCUUUUUCUUCAAGUAGGAUUCUUCACAUCAGUGUUGCACAUGUAUAUCACAGACAUCACAUACAAAGCAGAGCAAGAAGACGCGCAUAUGAAGAAAAUAGGCUCCCAUCUAAAUUUACUGUUCUUCGACAGAAAUGUCCCCUUUUCCUUUUUUAUGAUUAAGAUGUUGUGUCCUGCUGUUAUUACUUUAGUAAUGUCCAAUGCAUUAUUUCUAUGGAAAUAUUUACUUACAUGCAAGAUGUGAGGUGAUAUUUAGAUCCCGGAGAGGUUAUUAAUGUCCACACAUUUGUCAAACCUGCAAAAUUGUGUUUCCUCAGUAGGGCCUGACUGCCUGGAGAUAAAUCUGAACGUUUCACUGAGCUUUGUUCCCUCAGUUAGGCUUUCUAUUCUCCAUUAUGAGCUGUCAAGGUAUGUUUGUCUCAUUACUGAACAAUUGUUUAAGUUCCUGUCUAGCUGACUGCUGUUUUCAUACCAAAGCCUGUUCAUAAUGCAUCAUUUCAGCUCAGGCAGGAGCGGUAAUCUGCUAAACUGAAGGCUUGACAGCUCAAUACUCUGUCAACUCCUAUUUUUCCUCUCGUGCCUCAUGAACAUUUUGAUAUGUUGUUUUCAGAAGAAUCUCAAGGGAGCGCAAACAGACAGGCUGCAUGAGUGCACAAUUAAGUCAAAAGAGAAACAAAUAAGACACUUUAAUUACCUCAUCUCUAGGAGUGUUUUCACAUCCUUCUUACCCCUUUCUAGAAUGCCUUUGAGAAAAAAAAUUACGAUUGAAUAAUGGUUCGAUAAUACUCCUUCAUCACUUGAACAGGUUGUAAUACCAGCAGGAGGGUUGCUCAGAUUUACCCCAAAUUUGUGCAAACUCUGUUGUUGCUCUCGUUAUUCAGAAUAUUCAAUUUGAGCUAAAUAGAAAUCAAAUCAAAAGCAACCGCAGGUUUUACAAAUUAGAACAUGAUUUUACUGGCAAUUAUUAUGACUCGCUUUGUGGCUCCUCGCUCCUGUUGUUAGUAAUGAGGAUACGAUUUGCUCCUCAAUGUGGAUGAAAGAAUAGAACUGAACAAACACAACAGUAGCUCAUGAAAGAUGAAGUAGAAACACAAUGAAUUGUUAAUGCUGAUAAAGGCUGAAGUGAAAGAGCACUGGCCAGAGUGUACACACAGUACUACGCUGUACCCUACUGCGAGAUAAGGCAGAAGUCAAAGUGAAACCUAACUACAGAAAAGUGAAUGUACUUAUAGAGACUGACGUGCGAAGAAAAAACCACAUGAACUUUAGUUGGGGAUUUUUACUGUUAUUGAAACAUUGCAUUCUUACAGCAACUGUCUUCUUUUAAUAUUAUUUAUCCUUUACUUAGAAAAGAAAUUCAGACAAGCGCUAUUCACCUGGUAUUUGUGUACAAUGGUAUAUAAUUAUCAAAAGAAAAAAUGCCUUUCUUUUAAAGUCCUUUUGAAACCUACAUGUAUGUCUUGUUUUUGUUUGCAGGCCUAUUUGAAAUUUCACAGUCCAGCAUCACAAAAAAAGAAAAAAGUGUAAUAGCAUGUUGAUCAAUAGUGCAAAGCAUAUUAGUUUCCUGAACAAGGUUGUAAAGUUGAGAGAUUCAUACAUUUUAUAGGGGCUCUUCUUGAGGCAGGUCUCAUCACUAACAGUGAAGAUACUAGACUAAAACGGCAAUAAAAAUACUUUUUUGGGUACAAUUUCACAUUCACACAUUAAUUAUCACACAUUAUUGACAAUGACAGACAUUAUUAUAUUUGUAUGUGCAUUUAUCUGCAUGUAAAUGCACUAAACAGUGUUUGUUGGAGUAAAUAAAAUGCUGAGAAUUAAA